UGCUUUUGUACCGGCUGUGUAUUGCAUUGUUUUUGUUCGAUAAUGUAUAUUAGUUCGUAUCAUUUUAUGUCUCCGAAUUUAACCCAGUGAUCCACGAAUAUAUUGUUGUGAAAAUGACCGAUAAUAUCAUCGCUGCGAUAAAGAACAUAGAGUUAGAAACAAAAAACUCUGAUCUAACUAAAACAUGUCAGCAUAUUGUGGACUCCUUGGAUAAUGGUUCCACCAAGAUUGAGGAUGUGAUUAUAAAGUUAUCACAAUUUAUUCUCAAUUUCGAAGAUGCAGUGCUAUUUAAAAAGUAUCUACCUAAUAUAUUGCUGGCAUUAGUUUCUACGCAAAUUCCUUUGAAGCUGGUGUUUUCCAACGCUAAUUUUGAUCAGUGCAAUGAUAUGGAGAAGACCCACCAUCUGGAGUACUCAGUUAUUUUGGCACUUAUGAGCGACCACCCUGACAUACUUCAAUAUGCCUUGAAAUACUUUCAAAUCAAUGCAAUACCUCCAUAUGAAGUAUUCAUACAUCAUGAGGAUUCAUACAAUGUCGCUCCAAAGAAAAGAAGGCUUUUAGACUGUCGGCAAAAGAUUACGGAUUACCGAUUAGUGUCAUGCUGUCACUCAUUACUAUGUAAACUCCCAAAUGAAUUGGCCACAAAAUGGGAUUGGACUAAAUUUGUUAACAAUUUUAGUAGUAAUGAAAAUGCUCAUAUAAGAUGGAUGGUGAAAGAAUGUAUGGCUAUACUGACAAAUAUGACAGAAGCUCAAUCCAAAACAUUAUCACGCAAUCUAUGUAUCACACAAGAAGAUGCUCUGAAAAACAUUCCAAAAACUGAAGAAGUAUAUAUUAUUGAUGGAAAUAUAAAUGAGCUAGAUAUAAAUAUAAGCAGUGUUAUAAAUAUUGAUGGUAUUUUACUGCCUGUUUAUGAUAAGAAUAAUGUGCAGCCUGGUAGUUUGGUUCCUGUUAAGUCUACCAUUAAUAGUUUGAGGAGUCUAGCCCUAGCUGUUGCAUCAGGUAAAGCUUUAUCACUUAUGGGACCUGUAGGCUCCGGUAAGACGUGCUUAGUAGAACAUUUGGCAGCCAUAACUGGACGCAAGAAAAUUGCAUUUAAGAAAGUGCAACUCGGCGAUCAAACAGACUCAAGAAUGUUGCUGGGCUCCCAUCAGUGCACAGAUAUACCUGGGGAAUUUAUUUGGGCACCUGGUGUUUUGACUGAGGCAGUCCAAAAUGGCCAUUGGCUGUUAUUGGAAGACAUUGAUUGUGCAGCACUCGAUGUGGCAUCAACAUUAAGUUCUCUAUUGGAAAGAAAUACGUUAUGUGUACCAGGUUAUAGAGAUGCUUUGCCAGUUUCACCAGGAUUCCAAUUGUUUGUCACACAAAGGACAGUAAUUACUAAUUACGGUUUCCAAAAGAAAAUGUCGAAUUCAAGUACACUAUUACAGAAGCACUUGACGCAAAUAAACGUUGAGCCAUUGUCAAGAUCAGAGCUCGCUGAAAUUAUUCACGCAAAAUAUCCUCCCCUAGCCUCAAUAUGUUCUAAAAUUAUUGAAGUGUUCAUGAUGUUUUCUGUAGGCAGUCAUGACACUUCUCUUCAAACGACGGAUGUGGAAGAAAAAGAUACAAAUGUAUUUAUUAUGCGAGGUUCCAGACUUAUCUCUACUAGAGAUUUAAUGAAAUGGUGUUCCAGAGCUGUUGUUGGAUUUAACGUGUCAAGUGCAGAAUCUGCUCUUAAGGUACUACAAGACGCUUUGGACAUAUUCACUUGUUCCAUUUCGUCACCAGAGUAUAGGCUCGAGUUAGCAAAGAAAGUCGGCACGUGCCUAGGCAUUGUUGAAACAAAAUCCGAAUUUUAUUGCAAGCACUACAAACCAAAUGUAUCUUUACAUUCGGAUUCAUUAGAAGUAGGCAGGGCCAAAGUUCCGAGGGUUGAAAAAUGUUUGGACAUGUUAGAUUUUGACAAUAAGGAAGUUGUAUUCUCAUUUACGCGCCAGUCAGCUUGUUUACUUGAAAAGAUUGCGUGUUGUGUUAGGUCAAACGAGCCCGUCCUUCUUGUGGGAGAAACGGGAACAGGGAAAACGUCCUCUAUACAGUAUUUGUCCAGACAAACUGGCCAUAAACUUGUAGUUAUAAACAUGAACCAACAAUCAGAUUCUGCUGACUUACUAGGCGGUUACAAACCAGUAGAUCUCAAGUACGUUAUACGACCCGUUAAAACGGAGUAUAUAGAAAUGUUCAAAGGUUUCUUUAACACAGAAAAAAACAAAAAGUUUAUUGGUCAUAUAGAAACAUGUUACGACACAGAAAACUGGACUGCAUUAUUGGCAUUAAUGAAGCAAAGUCACAAAGCUGCUGUCAAUAGACUAGUAAAUGAGAAGAAAGAAGAUAAGUUAAAAUUAUGGCUAUCAUUUGGUCAUAAAAUAUUAAAAUUAGACCAGCAAGUAAAAGCAGCGUCAAGAUUGUCUUUUGCUUUCAUUGAAGGGUCACUCGUUAAAGCGAUGCAGCAAGGUUAUUGGGUUUUACUAGAUGAAAUAAAUUUGGCAUCAGCAGAAAUUUUAGAAUGUCUUGCUGGAUUAUUGGAGAAUAAAAACGAAAGUAUAGAAUUACUAGAAAAAGGUGAUAAAGUUCCUAUAAAAAGGCACCCAGAUUUUACAUUAUUCGCUUGUAUGAAUCCAGCAACAGAUGUCGGGAAAAAAGAUCUACCAGUAGGUUUGAGAAACAGAUUUACGGAGUUCUUCAUAGAUGAACUAACAGAAAGAAAUGAUUUAAUGUUGCUUAUUGGUGACUAUUUGUAUCACAUGAAUUUAAGUGGUGCCAUAUUGGAGGCUAUAUAUCACUUUUAUGCUACGAUAAGGAAAGAAGCGAAACUAAAUCUUGUUGAUGGUUCAGGUAAUGCGCCGCAUUAUUCGCUGAGAACGCUUUGUAGGGCUCUAAUAGCCGCUGCUAAAGCUAAAUGUGGCACAGUCGCUAGAUCUUUAUAUGAAGCCUUCUGCCUUUCCUUUCUUACUCAACUAGACAGAUCUUCCCAUCCUAAAGUAGAAGCCAUGAUUGCCAGAGCGGUACUAGGAAAAAAGAACAUAAAUUCAGUUUUAAAACAAUUAAUUCCUGAACCAAAAAUUCAGGGUCAAAAUUUUUUACUCUUUGAAGGCCAUUGGAUACCACAGGGCAAUUUAGCAAUCGACAUUCCGGAGGGAUACAUAUUAACACCAACGGUUCGAAAGAACCUUCGAGACAUUGCACGUAUUAUUUCGUUAGGUAAAUUACCUGUUUUGCUGCAAGGUGACACUUCUGUUGGAAAAACCUCGUUGAUUACCUAUAUUGCUAAAGCGUCAGGGAAUUACUGCGUAAGAAUUAAUAAUCACGAGCACACAGACUUACAAGAAUAUAUUGGAUCAUAUGCAACAGACUCCAAAGGAAACCUUGUUUUUAAAGAGGGUGUUUUAGUCGAAGCAAUGCGAAAAGGUUAUUGGAUUAUUCUUGAUGAACUAAACUUAGCGCCAAGUGAUGUUUUAGAAGCUCUAAAUAGAGUUUUAGAUGACAAUCGUGAACUUUUUAUUCCCGAAACUCAGCAAGUGGUUAAAGCUGAUCCAAAUUUCAUGUUGUUUGCUACACAAAAUCCACCCGGAUUGUAUGGUGGACGCAAAAUGUUAUCGAGAGCCUUUAGGAACCGUUUUGUCGAGUUGCAUUUUGAUGAAAUACCAAGACCGGAAUUGGAAACUAUCUUGCACCAGAGAUGUCAUAUACCACCCACUUAUUGUAAAAAGAUGAUUGAAGUGAUGGCUGAGUUACAGGUGAGACGACGGGGUUCAGCUGCUGUUCAAGGCAAAGAUGGUUUUAUUACUUUAAGAGAUUUGUUUAGAUGGGGCCAGAGGUAUAAACAUGCUUCUAAAGACAUGUUAACUGUGGAAAAGUUUUAUGAUUGGGAUCAACACAUAGCCGAUGAGGGCUAUCUCAUAUUAGCUGGUAAAGUUCGGCAGUCAGAUGAAAGGAAAAUCAUAGAAGACGUUAUAGAAAAACACAUAAAAAGAAAGGUCGACCCAGAAAACCUCUUUAGUUUGCACUCGAAAACAUCACCUGUUACAAAAUCUAUUUUAGAGAUGAUUCUAAAUAAUCAACUCUCAGAAUUUUUACACAUCGUAUGGACUUACAAUAUGCGUAGGUUAGCUAUACUAAUUGCGAAAGCUUUCACGUUUAACGAGCCUGUAUUGUUAGUGGGAGAAACUGGUUGUGGUAAAACAACUAUAUGUCAAAUUUUGGCAGCUUUAAGCAACCGACAAUUAAUGUCUGUAAACUGUCAUAUGCACACGGAGAGCUCCGAUUUUCUUGGAGGACUUCGCCCCGUCCGUCAGUAUAAAAACGAUGGAAAAUUAUUUGAAUGGGUAGAUGGACCUUUAAUUAAAUCGAUGGAAAAUGGUCAUUUGUUUUUAGCUGACGAAAUUUCUCUGGCGGAUGACAGCGUUUUAGAGAGAUUGAAUUCCUUACUUGAAAGUGAAAGGCAGCUAGUGCUUUCGGAACGAGGCAUGGAAGAUAAUUCGGAUAUUGUAGUCAUUACAGCUGUCCAAAACUUUCAUUUUAUUGGGACAAUGAAUCCCGGAGGAGAUUUUGGGAAAAAAGAGCUUUCGCCAGCUCUCCGCAAUCGGUUCACAGAAAUAUGGUGCGAUCAUGUUAGUAUAAGAGAGGAUUUACUAAAAGUGCUUGAAAAAAGUGUUAGCAAAGGAAUAGCAUUGGGUAACCAAGAGGAUGGUAGUUCUGGGAUUGGAAAUUGUAUAUUAGACUUUACAGAUUGGUUAAAAAGUUCCGAAGUCACUAAUAAAUUCCCAUUCAGCAUACGUGACUUACUCUCGUGGGUUCAAUUUAUAAACGUUACCAUUUCUAAAGGUCUAUUAGACGUUCCUGAAGCAUAUGUACAUGGUGCUUGCAUGACCUUUUUAGACUGCUUUGGUACAACUCUGACGGGGCAUAUAGAGAAUGAGACAUUGGUUUUUCUACAUCAAAAUGCUAUUAAAUUAUUGCUGACGCAAAUUAAAACUUUUGGAAACGAAUAUACCGAAUGUCUUGAAAAAAUGCUAUGUAAUCAACGUCUGAUGCUUAAAGCCGAAUAUAAUGUCUCAAAGUUUGGGAUCAAGCCGUUUUUUAUUGAAUGUGGACCACAUGGUAACUUGGAUGAGAAACAAACCUUUACGUUUAGCGCACCAACCACUGGGUCGAAUACUUUACGACUGCUUCGAGGUCUUCAAUUAAACAAAGCUAUACUUUUAGAAGGAAAUCCGGGCGUUGGAAAGACUAGCUUAGUUACGGCUUUAGCCAAAUCAUCGGGGCAUAGAGUCGUUCGUAUAAAUCUGAGCGAUCAGACGGAUAUUACAGAUCUUUUCGGAACUGACUUACCUACCGAAGAUGGUUCGUUUACAUUUAAAGAAGGAGCUUUUCUUAAUGCUCUUCAAAAUGGAGAUUGGAUUCUAUUGGACGAGCUCAAUUUAGCUCCACAAUCAGUAUUAGAAGGUCUUAAUGCGUGCCUAGAUCAUAGGGGGGAAGUUUUUAUUCCAGAACUAGGCAAGACUUUCAAAGUAAAACAUGAAACCAAACUCUUUGCUUGCCAAAAUCCACUGAAACAAGGUGGGGCUAGAAGAGGAUUACCGGCAUCAUUUUUAAACAGAUUUACGCAAGUUUACAUUGACACGUUGACUAAAGAAGAUCUCUUAUACAUUGUUAAAGCCCAAUACUCGCAGUUACCAUUAGAAAUUUUGCUCAAAAUUGUAGAAUUUAACUGCAAAGUGGCCCAUGAAGUUACUGAAAUUCAAUCUUGGGGUCACAAAGGCGGUCCCUGGGAAAUGAAUUUGAGGGAUAUUCAAAGGUGGUGUGAAGCACUUAUAGACGAUCUUAAAUGUGGGAAAAAAACGUGUCCUGGAAAAUACGUUGAUAUGUUGUACAUUAAUCGCAUGAGAACAGAUGAAGAUAAAGAACGUAUGACACAAAUAUACGACGACAUAUUUUUACCAGAACAUCCUAGAAGCGAUAGCAAUCCUCAAAUCGCAAUCGAAGAUGAAAUCCUCUUAAUAGGAGAUGUGACAAUACGGAGAAAUAAAGAGUUGAUGUACAAAAGUAGGCGUUCUGUAGAAACUAAUUUGUUGAUUCUGAGAAAUCAAUUGCCAACUCUAAAAGCUUUGGCUCAGAAUGUCAAAAUGAAUUGGCUAUCCAUAAUUGUUGGCCCAACAGCAACAGGCAAAAGCAGUAUUAUUCAUGUAUUAGCCGAUUUGACAGGAAAUGAUCUACAUGUUGUGCCAGUAACGUCUGCCAUGGAUGUUUCAGAUCUAUUAGGAGGAUUUGAACAAGUCGAUUAUAACAGAAACCUGGAAAGCCUUUAUGAUGAAAUCGAAACAAUAACAAUUCAUAUUGUGAGGAAUUUGUGGAUUGUACAGGAAUCGAAACAAUGGAGGUCUAAUAAAUUGUUGAGUAACCUCUAUCAAUAUAAAUCCCUCCAAAGCAACUUUUUAGACAAGAACUCUACGAAUGAGGAUAUAAAAAAAUUUGAAGAAAGGUUACUUUUUCUAUUAGAGCAUUGUAAAAAGUUAUUAGAUUGCGCUAUAUCAUGCAAUCUCACAAACGAAAAUGUUGAAAAAGCUAUAAAUAAUAUAAUAAAGUUACAAAACAAAGUAUCUGCAUUAACUUCUGUGAAUGCGGGCGGUAAAUUUGAAUGGGUUGACUCAUUGCUCGUGAAAACUUUGAUUGAAGGAUCAUGGCUCUUACUAGAUAAUGUGAACUUGACAUCAGCAGCUGUGCUGGAUAGACUAAAUGGACUGUUGGAACCAAACGGUGUGCUGAGUAUAUCGGAAAGAGGCGGUAUAAGUGAAAUCAAGCCUCAUCCUAACUUUAGGGUUUUCUUUACAAUGGAUCCUAAGUACGGGGAAAUAUCUCGAGCAAUGAGAAAUAGAGGAGUUGAAGUAUUUUUAUUAAGGCCCGAUGAUUUUGAUUUAGGUUUAUCUGAAACAAUGAACUAUAUGGAUUUAGUAGCUUUGCUUUCUUCUUGUGGACUACCAAAUGAAUAUCAUGAUAUUUGUAUUCGAUGCCACGAAUCAUUGACUGCGUUUGUACAAGGAUUAGAAAGACCAACGGUAUCGCAUUUGCUACAAUCGGCACAUUUAACUUGGCAACAACUUAUUAGAGGGAUUUCUAGUACAACUGCUUUGCUGAGUAGUUUCUCAGACGUUUAUAUAAAGCCAAGAAAUGGGAGUGAUUUUGCUUCCUCUGUUAACAUGUCGCUAGCUGAAAUGAAAAAUAAAAUGUUAAAAGCUCUGGAAUUCGAAUUAGGAACAGAAGACUAUGAUCCUGUUGUUUCAAAUGACGUCAAUCAUACAUUAUCAGUAAAAGGAUUGUGCACUAAUUCAUCGUAUGAGGUUGUUAAGCAAAUAGCCCAUGUGGUAAUAAAACAGACAAAAGAUUCGGGAAUUACUUCAGAAAGUUUGGCUCAUGUUUUAUUUUGCAUUUUGACAUCAUAUAGUAAAUGCUCUCCAGAACUAUUCGAAACGCUUCAUUAUAUACUAAAAAAAGGUGUGAAACUGAACAAUACCAAUAAAGUCAAAGCAUUAACUCAUCAAUUAAAUGAUCAGGCGUUUGUAUAUUUACAAAGCAAUAAAAAUACCACAUCAUAUAAAAGAUUUUUUCCCGAAGCUCACCAAGUCGAUCCUGAGAUUGUUUCUGAUAUUAAUACUGAUUUUGCUCUCCUCUACUUUGAGUUGCAAAACAUUGUUUUGCAAUCAUUUUUAGGAGAGAAUAGUUUCUCUGCAUUGGACUACUCUAACGCAGUGUGUGAAGGAAAAUUAACUGAUGAUUUUACAGAAUAUCCUAUUUUGAAAAAUUGUAGGAUCUAUCUCGAGAUCAUUGAUCGCUAUAUAAAACGUGCUAUAAAAUCAAUUAAAUCUUCCCAAAUGUACUUCAACGAUGAAUUACUAUGUCUUGUUGUACAGUUAUUAAACUGGCGCCAGAGGUUUAUAAAGGUUUGUUCUAUGCAAAUAUUUGAAAAGACGAAAAAUAAAAGAACUCCCAUUUUAAAGGAUGAAAUCAUUCCUCUGUUGAAUGUUCAUAGAAAAUGGGUACAAAAAUAUUUACUCGGUGAACUAUUUAAAGUACCAUCGAAUCACGACAAUCUGAAAAGUUUUAGCAAUGAAUUAAAAUCUUUAAUGUUAAAUACAGAGCAAGAUAAUUCUAAAAUUGCUAAAGUUGCCAAAAAACUGCGUAAAUGUUAUGGACAACCGAAGUUGUAUAAAAAUCAAAAUGAACAUGAGUUGUCUACAAAGAAAACCGAAUUAUACAGCAGAACACAUUUAGAUGUGCUGGACUCUGUAGAUCGGCAGCUUUAUAAAGUUUCGAUAGAACCAAGUUACAUAUCAGACGCUACACUAGCUUUAGAUGUACCAGACAAAGAGAUUGUUAAAGAUAUUGAGGAUACUCUGGCGAGGUUGGUGCAAAAUAUGUCAGAUAAUGCUAAAUUCAGAUCGCAAUUAAAACUCCUUCCCAUGAACUUGUAUGUGAUACAAAGGAUAAUUAACAUUCUGCAACCAUAUCUUGUUGAAGUUGUAAAUAAAAUAUCAGACAAUGAAAUCAACUUAGGAAGCCAUUCAAUGGGUACUAAUUGUGUUGAAUUUUUGAUAAGUGUGAUUCAAACAGCAAAUGUUAUGAAAGGAUUCCCUACAUCACUGCUCGACCAGUUAAAGAUUAUUCGACAAAUAUUAGAAGGCAGUCCAGAUAUGGUCUCUCAAAGGAUCUCAUCUCUUCCAGUUAGUUUUUGGAAUGAUUUAUAUACCAUGCUUGCUAGUUCUCCAGUAACAUAUCCAACACCGUUUCUGAAUCAAAAGUCCAUGCAAAAUUCUGAAGAGAUUGUUGAAACUAUUCCAGCCAAUACCAAGAGAAUGUCAACUAAUCUGCCACUGAUGUCUUAUUACCUACAGAAUUUAACCACAUCUUUGGAUUUAUCGAGCUCCUGUCCAGUAUUGGCAUAUGAAAAAUUAUCUUUAAAAGAUCGUGUAGACUAUUCCAUGCAGUUGGGUACUAUAUUGAAUAUUUUGUGGAAGAAUAUUGGUACAUUGGACGCGAUGGCAGAGUUGAAACUGAAGUCAGAUGCUAAUUUUGAACAGCAAAAAUAUACACAGCUUUUGUACUAUUUAAAUUACAUUGUCUCCGAACAAUGCAAUGUUGGUAAAAACACAGAGAAUUCUGAUGAUGGUACAGUACAGACUUUGCAAGUACACUUUAAAGACGAUACACAUUUCCUUAAAUUGUUCGCUCAUGCAAGCGACGUGCAUGAUACACUCUCAACUUUAAUGUCGCAAAAUUUAAACGAUACUCCUUUGGUUACAAAAGUGAAAAUUCUGACUUCGCAACUGUCCCUCUUGACUAGUUUUAUACUAGUUCGAAUAAUGGCAGAAAUAAGUCCAAUUGACCAUGUGGAAAAAUAUCGUUUUAAAGUACAAUACAUAGAGGAAGAUAUAAGUAUGUUCAAUAAAUUGUUGAGCGCAUAUUACGUACAUGGUGUGAUAUCCGGCACUAUAUCCGAAAAUAGGAACAUUGAAAAACCAUCUCAAGUUGCCACAGAUUAUUACAAAGCCGGAACUGAAAAUCGAGAUAGGCUAAAAAAGGUGCAUCCAUACUGCAAAGUUCUAAUGGAAUUAAAAGAAACGACAGCUCAAAGUGUGCAUAAGUAUGCAUCUGGCAAUACUUUUAGACCCAAGGAACCUUCCUAUGGUAACUUUGUCAAGGACUGUACGCACUUCACGAAAUCUAUGCUGUCCGACAGAACAACAACGGCAAUUUCUUCAAAUCUUAUUUCGUCUGCCAAUAGUUUGUAUGAAAUCAUGAACAAAAAUGCACCGGACAAAGCUGUAUUAAAUAAAGCACAAACAGCAAUCAAGGAGACUUCUUCUUGGAUGUAUUCAGUAAAAGCUUUUAACAAUAAAGUCAAAACGGUUUAUUCUGUGGCCUUUCCGGAUCUAGCCAAACUUCUACAAAGCUCAUUAUCACAAAUUGUGUACAGUGUUACAACAAUGACUGACUUAAUAAAGCAGCUUCUUGCGAAAAUAGAACACGGUCCUGAUAUGCAAAAUGCUCUCACCUCUUUACUAGAAUUCCCUAAUGCUAUCCCAAACAAAGCGGCCAGAGAAAAACAUCUUAAUAGAUUUGUUUCGUCGAAUUUAGUGCAACUCCUAAAACGAAAUGCAAUAGCACCAACUGAAGAUGCCUCCAUAGAAUCACAAUGUUUAGAGGUCUUGAAAAUGAACUUAUCCGAAAUUAGUAUGAGUUGUAUAGCAUCUCAACGGAUCGAUCAAAUCACAAUGAAUGCAGUAUUGACCACAUUUAAUGCGCUUGUCAAAGCAUGGGAAAAGCAAAGACAAGAUAUUGAAAAGAAAAAACAAGACGAUGAAGCCUUAUACGUAACCAAGUCAAAGUGCGAAGACGAAGAUGAGGACGCCAUCGCAGAAGAAGAAAUAAUGGAAAUGUUUCCAUCUUAUUCAGAGUCAGAUUUUGGGGAAUUUAAGCCACCAACACUCGAACAAAGGAAAAUUAAGGCACCUACAAAUAAACCAAAAUACUUGAUCAGCUCCGAGGAUGUCUCCCUUAUAUACAAGUGGCAUUCAAACUUUGUUCGCAAUAUGACCAGUGCUGAAUGGUUACCCAGCCCAAAGAAGUUGGUGGGUAAUGAUGUACUCAGCCCGCUUUUAUUGCGUUAUCCUACAUUUAGCAGUGUCAUUCAGGAGGCCUGGGAGGCUCUGGAUGCUAACUUUGAAGGUAGAAUAUCGCCGAGCUUUUUGGUUAUCGUCUCGCAUAUAAAGGCUAAAGUUGAUGGCAGCGAUGCUACAAAUCAGAAACCAGAUUUCUACCGUUCCGCUUGGGUAUCUGAGACAAAAGAAUGUGUGCCAUUAUUGAACAAGGUGAAGGAAAGUACUAAUGAGUUGCUUGAUCAGUGGCCCGACUUCCCUACACUCAAGGACAUUAUAAUAAUAGUAGACAGGAUACUUAGUUUUCCAAUCACUAGCCCUGUGUCCCGGUUUCUUACUGGUCUGGAGUUGCUCCGGGAUAAGAUUGAGGAAUGGAACAAAAAUGCUCAUAAGGGAAAUAACUUGAUUGAUAUAUCUUUGGCAGUAGGCCAGCAAAUUAUAAACUGGAGGAAGUUGGAAAUGAGCAAUUGGAAAGAAUGCCUUAAUAAUUUGUACCAGAGAAAACAGUCUGAAGCACACAAAUAUUGGUUCUACAUGUAUGCGGCAAUAAAUUCUUACUUGGACCCUGGUCCAGAUGAAUCUGUAUUAUCUUCGAGGAUCGUAUCUGUGUUGAAAGACUUUAUGGAGACAUCUAACCUCGCUGAGUUUGAAGUCAGAUUGGACAUUGUUUAUGUGUACCAUUGCCAUGUGGUACAUUUGGAACGCAGUGAGCGACGAGAUGAACUUAUAUCCAUAUUAUGGAACACAUAUAACUACUACGCACAAUUCUCAACGCAAAUCGCCGCACAAAUCAAGGAGAAACGCGCGCCGAUAGAGAAAAAACUGAAGGAUUUUGUCAAAAUUUGCACUUGGGACCGUGACCUUAGCUACUGGAGCGUCAAAGAUACAGUUGAAAAAGCUCACAAGGCCCUUCAUAAGCAUACUAAAGAGUUUGAGAAAGUCCUUAAAGAGAGUGUAGCCAAUAGUCUAGUGGACAACACAAGCGAAGUCGGGGCGGAUCACGUAGGUAUAUGGGAUCGUCCGAAGAGGGCCACGAGUGCCAAUGCCCCUACUGGGGGAGCCUAUAUGAUUGACCCCCAAAUACACAUUGUAUUGGCUAGGAAUAUUAAGAAAUACGUUGACCAAACUGAACAGCCUUGUCCAAUAAUAUCAGAAGGCAGCCUUUUAUCAAAGAUACCCAGCUUGCUGAACAAAGCCAAGACGUUAUGCAAGGACACGAUCACUAACACUGGAUAUCCUUCUCUGGUGCAAGCAUUAGACGAUUUUGUGACCCUUGUGAUUGAAACUAGUGCACAUUUGGGUUCCUUAGAGGUUGACUCAACAGCAACAAAAGAAAAGCAAACGUCCCAAGCGAAGAACUUUGUACAACAAAAGCGGAAAGCCCUCGCUGACUUAUUUAAAUACCUGACUAAAAUGGGACUCAACUAUCGUACGGGAUUAGUUAUAAUAUCAGCAUCCGAAGAGUUGUAUGACUUUACUAUACCGCCAGUUGAUUGGGACGCAGCAAUGAACUAUUUGAAAAGCAGACGGUGUGAUCCUACACUGGCACUUCUAUGGUCGGGCUGUGAAAAGUAUUUCCAAAAAAAUAUCGCUCGACAUAGAUUAUUUAGUACAGCACUACAUACACCGCAUAGUGACCUGGGUAUGCAAAACAUAGAACGCUGCAAAGGAUUUGCCGCCCAACUAUUGAAAAUCACAAAUAUUCAAAAGAAAUCUAUAUCCAAAUAUACAAGGUAUAUUUGCGAAUUACGCAACGUUACCACUAAUCUCGCUAAUGCUCUUGAUGCUGACAUUAGCGGCACUAAUAUUUCAACUAUACAAGAUAAAAUCGAUAUUUUAAUAGAAUGUUACGCUCACACAAGCAUUAUGUUAGAUCAACUAAGUAUCGUACUGAAAUCUGUACCAGAAGAUACUAUGUCUGCGGAGUCUGUGCCAGAGUUCGAUAUUGUGCUGUCAGAUUCACUAGUACCACGAUGUUUACUUAAUAGCGAUAGGUGGAGUGAACUUUACAAGAAAAUAAAAGCAAUUAUAUCGGUAGUCGAUAAACAAAAGGCUGCAUUACAUAAACUUGCUAAUGCUACCCCUAAACAAAUAGGUGAUGUGAAAGAUUUACCGAACGUUUCUCAAGCGCAUAUUGACGUAACCCAUAAUGCCAUUAAAAAUUUAAACAUCGUUAUUGAGAAUAGCGAAGCUAUUUUACAGGAAUAUCAGUUCAAAUUUAGAACAACAAUCACUGAAGAUUUGAACUCUCAACAUCCUGUCUUAAAAUGUGUUAAAAAUUUGAUUCAAUAUUUGAAUAAUACCACAAAAGAACUGGAUAAAUUGGAUGAAAUUAAUGACCAAGAUAUGAGCGAAAAUUCUUCUGCUACAAUAAUUGCACAAACAGAAGAUAUUGUAGCCACUAUGUUGCUUACCAUCCAGUCACUGUACAAGAAACAUUUACCACUUGACAAAAGUUUGGACAAUUUAGAUGUUUUGAAUGAAAUCGAUAAAAUUAUAGAUGGAACAAAUAAUGAAAAAGAGGAGUCUAAAGAAAUAUUAGAGGAUAAACAUUUGAAAGAAUUGUUACAGGAGAAAUUAUCGAUUGACUCUAAACUUUUACAAUUAGAUAUUUUAAUAAACAAAAUUCGUAAUUUACUAUGCCAUUUCGUCCAGUAUAUCGCCACAAGAAAUGAAACAGAAAAUAUAAAGAAUGCAGUGAUGAGAUUAGUCCCGAUAUUAGAACAAACUGUGUUAUUUGUUCAAUAUUUUUUGUCGCAAAAGGUAGCGGUGCACAGAGUGUCCUGCAAGAUGCUUUCAGUUUUGUUGAAAAUAUUUUCGGAUUUGGCUACUAAAGGAUUUUGCAAGCCUGGUGAUCUGGAUAUGGAAGAAGGUGAGGGCGAUGGUGGCCCCGGAAAACUGUCGAGUGGAAUGGGCCUGGGCGAAGGAGAAGGACAAAAAGAUGUUUCUGAGAGAAUUGAAAAUCAGGACCAAUUGGAGGACGCACAUCGUCCAGGUGAAGAGAAGAAUCAGGAAGAUAGAGAUUGCAAAGAAGAAGAAAAGGGAGUUAAUAUGACUGAUGAUUUUGAUUCGCAUCUACAAGAUGUUGAAAAAGAAAGCGAGGAAUUAGAUAAAGAUGAUGAAAAUGAUGAUGCAGACAAGCAAAUGGGUGACACUGACAAUGCGGCUGAAAAGCUGGAUCAACAAAUAUGGGGUUCUGAAGACGAAGAUGAUUUAGAAGAAGAAUCUGGAAAGAAUGAGAAAGAAGAACGAGGUAAGGGUGAAAGUACAGGUGAAAAAGAGAUGGCUGCGAAAGAAGAGGAACAAGGUCAGGACGAUGGAACAGAUGGAAAGGAAAAACAAAAGAAAAAGGAUGUCAAUGAAAUGAAAGAACCUGAUAUUGACGAUGACCACAUCGAUCCUUACCACGGUAACCAACAACAACUGCCAGAGCCAGAAGAUUUUGAAUUACCAGAUAAUAUGAACAUGGAUGGUGACGAAGGAAAUGAUGAUAAGGACGGUGAAACCGAAACAGAAAAUCCGUUUGAAAUCGAUGCAAUGAAAGAGGCUAUUCCAGAAGAGGAAGAGAAAUCUAAAGAAAAAGACGAAAAGAACAAUAAGAAUGGCCUUGAAGUUUCAAGUGAUGAAGAAGAUGGCGAAGGAAAUGAAGAUGUGACUGACGAUCAUAACAAACAAGAUAUCGAAGAUAAGGAAGGAAAUGAAGGUGAAAAUGAUAAAGAUAUACCUAAUGAAGAAAAAGAUGACACAGAUGCGAAACUGGAUUCCGAUAAUCUCGAUACAGAGAAUCCUGAACCCGAAACACUGGAGGAGUCUAAAACUGAAGAAGAAAACAUGCAAAAGAAUCCAGAUAGUAUAAAUGAAGAAGAAAAAACUCAGGAAAAAGAACACGAAGCGAACCCUCAAGCGAAUCCUUCUAACAGUGAUCCGACGGCUGAGGAUAGAGUUGAAAACGCCGAGAUGGAGAGAGGCACUAAUGACAAUGUUGAAACUAAUACGGAACAGGCUAAAGAUGAAGAAGCUGAGCCUUUUGAACAAGCCCAAGAACAAGUAGGUGAGGACAUACAAUCCACUGGAAUGUCCGAACUAGACAAAAGCGAUAAAGGACAUCGCGGUAAUAAGGAUGCGACAAGAGCAGAAACCUCUCAAGAUAAAGAACAGAAAAGAUUUGAAAAUAAACCCGGGAAGACUGAUCAAGAAAGGACUUUGGGUGACGUAAAUGAAAGGAAACAUAAGAAAGCUCACACCUUGAAUGUUGAGAAAGAAGACGCAGAAAAUGAAGGUGGUGAAGGUGAUGAGAGACCAGAAAAUGAAGCGGAUGCUUACCAACACGUUAAACAAGCCAAGAAAGAUGAUCUGCAGGUUGUUGAUGCAGCUACAAAAGAACAAGCAGACCAACAACCGACGUUACAACAAGAUGAUGAAGAAGGCGACAAAUUGAAGGAAGAUGAAGACGUUGCUAUGGAUGUGGACGACGAAGAUAUUCAGGUCGAUAAGACGGAGGAACUAAAAUCUGAAAAGAUGAAAGACGGCAAAGAUAAAGAUCAGGACAAAACCGGUAACAAAAAGGAAGGAGGUGAUGAAAUCACAGGAGAAACUGGUAUUGAAGUCGAGGGUGAUACCGUGUUGACCUCUAAUGUACCUCGGGGGCGGGAUACUUCUUAUCAUACCAAACUCGAAGAAACCACCCAACAAGUCGAUGAUAUAACAAUGGAACAAUAUGUUAGCCUAAGACAGUGGCUUGAGUCCGGGGCAGUCCGCGGUAGUACCGCGUCAACUGCCGCCUGGCGGGCUGUGUGGAGUGACUGUGGAAACGCCGCUCGGGCAUUGUGCGAGCGGCUAAGACUGGUGUUAGAGCCCACUGGACGGUCCAGAAGAGCUGGUGACUUCCGUACUGGACGCGCCAUUAAUAUGCGUCGCGUGAUUCCAUACAUUGCGUCUCAUUUCCGCAAGGAUCGUAUCUGGUUACGCCGCACCAAGCCCGCUAAGCGAGAGUACAAGAUCGCCAUCGCGAUCGACGACUCGAGCUCAAUGGCUGAUAACCGGAGCAAGGAAUUGGCUUUCGAGAGCUUGGCUUUAGUCUCGCAGGCGUUAAAUCUACUCGAAUCAGGAGAUCUGGCAGUACUGAGUUUCGGCGAGAAACCAAACCUCUUACACCCGUUCACCGAACAGUUCUCAGAGCAUUCCGGCUCCAAAAUACUUGAGCAAUUGCUAUUCGAUCAAACAAAAACCAGGAUAGCACAGUUGCUAGAUUUCUGCACCGUGAUGUUCGACCAACAUUCGAUAAGGAGUGAUGCUUUGAACGCUAAAUUACUGGUGAUAGUCAGUGAUGGUAGAGGCAUUUUCUCAGAAGGAGAAACUAAGGUUUUGCAAGCGGUCCGGAGGGCAAGACAGCAAGGGAUAUUUUUGGUUUAUGUAAUCAUUGACAAUCCUGAUAAUAAGGAUUCGAUAAUGGACAUCAGGCGGCCAAUGCUGGACCCAGUGAGUAACACACUGAUGGGAUUCGUACCGUACUUGGACACGUUCCCGUUCCCAUUCUACCUCAUAUUACGGGAUAUGAACGCUUUGCCGACCGUCCUAGGGGACGCAUUAAGGCAGUGGUUCGAACUGGCUGCGAACACUAGUUAAUAAAAUAUAAUAGUAUUAAAAAGAAUCCUCGAUA